AUGGGCAAGGACGGCUGGUGGGGCAAGAAGGGUGACUGGAAGGGUCAGGCCAAAUGGGGCAAGGGCGCUGCGAGUGACAAAGGCAACUGGAUCUCGCAGCCUGAGGAGCCCGAGCUGAAGCGGCAGCGCAUGGGGAAGGAUGGCUUCAAGGGCAAGGACCUGAAGGGAGGGCUGGGCAUGGGCAACGGCAUGCUGGAGAAGCCAGGCUUCGACGUCAGCAUGUCCAAGGGUUGCCUAAUGGGCAAGGGCCCGAUGCCGGGGCCGCCUGUUCUGCCGCCCGGUUUGCCGGGUUUGCCACCCACCCUGCCGCCUGGCCUGAUGCCGCUGACGGGGCCGGGGCCCUGCAUGGCCAAGGCCUGCCAGCCGCCAGGGAAGCUGGUACUCCUGGCACCUGCGACAAAGCACAUAACGCCGGUCUCCAGCAAAGGAAGCAAUCAGAACAAGAAGAUAGCGAUGGAGUUUGUGCAUGCCACCAAAGAUGUCCAGGCACAGAUGCUGAAAGAUCCUGCAGUGGCACGAGAAGAAAAACGAGAAACCCUCGCCGCUUCCUUUGAAACGGCCGCCAAACCCCGCGUCAUGGAGCAGCUGACGCACGCGGUGAUGGAGCAGCGGUGCCUGCUGAGCAGCAUGCUGCGGCGCCCGGAGCUCUUCGUACCCAUGCUGGGGAUCUGGGUGGCCUCCUUCGGGGGAGCGCUGCACGCGCCGGUCACCACCUACUUCCAGGUGGAGGUGGGCGCCAGCACCGCAGAGAUCGGGAAUUUCGGGGUCAUCAGGACAGCAGGUGUUUUGCUGGUCUCGCCCUUCUAUGGCUGGCUGCUGGACAGGCACUCUGCAUACUUGCCUGCGGUGCUCUCCGCUUUCUGCUGCACCUUUGGCUGCCUGGUCCACGGUUUCGCCCCAGAUGUUCGGGGGCUCUACGUGGCCAGCCUCGUGCUGGCGCUGGGCGCGGUGAACUUCUGGAACGUGGUGGGCGCCUACGUGGCUCUGGCCACGCCGCGCGAGCAGCGCCAUGUGGUGGUGACGGGGUUUCAGGUGCAGGUGGCCGUGUUGCGGCUGCUGGGUACAUCGCUGUAUCCGGCCGUGGACUCCCUGCUCAUUGCCGGCGGUAUGAGCGACAAGCUUCUGCGGUACCGGGUGCACAUGAGCGAGUGCAGCCUCUUCUGCGUGGUGGCCUUUGUGUAUCUGGUCUUCCGCUUUCGCCCGGCCACCUGGGCGCAGGAGAACCCGUCAGACUGCAAGGCCUCGGAGCACAAGGUGAGCCUCUCGCAGCUUCUGCUGUUGCUGGCCUCCAGCGUCGUGCAGUCUUUCGGGGAGACGGCGGUUUUGGUGCUGUGGCCGUUGCACCUGCGGAAGCUGCAGCUGGGGUCCCAUGACUUGGCCUGGCUGCAGCUAGCCUCCCAGCUGCUGAUCAUCCUCAGCACCAUGGGGUACCCGCCCCUGACCCGGCUGUUCGGGCACCGCGCCUGCGCCUCCGCGCUGCCGCUGGCGGCGUCCCUCUUCAGCGCCCUGGCCUUUCUCCAGCCGGAGCCGAGCCUCCAGGGCCAGCUGCUCCACGUGGUGAACGUGUUGGGCUUCUUGGCCGUGUGCGGCACCAUGAAGGUGUGCUAUCAGCACCUCGUCACUCUCGCCGUGCCGGCCUCCCAGCAGGGCCGCGUGUUCUCCUUGCUCAACGUUUUAGGCUCAGGUGGCACCAUCCUGGGGAACUUGGUGGCCACGCGCCUGGCGGAGCACGAGGGCCUCUUCUGGGCCGCCGGCCAGUUGCCUUUCCUGGCGACCUGCGCCAUGUUCUGCAUCAACGGCUGCGCGGUCUUCGGGUUCCUUUGCGUGCCGAUCGAAAGCGGAGAAGGAAAGCGGGUGGCCGCGUCCGAGGACGGGAGGCACCCAGCCCGGAAGGAAGUGGACUGA